CUUUAACUAAAAAUUAAUAAUUAAUAAUGAUUUUAUAUUUUAAAAGACUAAAAAAGUGCUUUGCGCAAUAGCAAAUUCAUGAAUCUUGAAAUUUAUUAGAUUUAUUAACUUUUGACGUAACUGAUCCGUCCAAUUCCUCCUUAACUGCUAUUUAUUAUGUGUAUAAGUGAGGCCACGCUGAACAAAAUUGUGGACAAAAUGUUUAGGACGAGAAGGAGAGACUAAAACUAAUUAAGGACGUGGAAAUGAGAUACGUCCGAGCUUGGGAGACGGCACGUCAAGAGCAAAACGUACUGCGUUACAAAUUAAAGAUGGACGAGCUGGAAAAGACUUUAAAUAAUUAUUACGUACGCGAAAAAAACGAGAAUUGCGUGAAUAACGAAUUAAUACGUUAUCUGACAUGGCGUACAGCGUUCAUCGAGAAACGAAUCGAGCGAUGGCAGGAGAGGUAUGAUCGAGAGAAGAAAAUGUAUGAGAAAGAGAUUCACAAAUUACGCUAUGAGAUAGAAGAUGCUCGAAAAUACUUGGAGCAGCUUACAACGGAGUACUGCAGCAAUCAAGAAUUUAUCGACACAUAUCUCGCGGAGCAGGAGGCACUCCGAAGGCAGAAGGAACACGAGGAUCACGUGCAACGUUGCACAAUCAGGAUCCAAGCUUGGUGGCGGGGCGUCAUGGUGCGCCGGAAGUUGGGGCCGUAUCGACCCGAGGAGAAAAAGAAGAAGCGGCCUGUUAAGACGAAGAAAUAACUUCCCUCCCGGCUAAGUUACUCUUAAACAUACCGCGUCGACUUUAAUUUGUUCAAUCUGACAGAACGGACUAUUAAUCUACAGAGCGAUCUAACCAAGGUCACGGAUGAUUAACCGAUUUAACAUACCGUGUGUGUGUGUGUGUGAUAGUUUUAAGUCUUGAAAUUUUAAGAUAAAUAGUUUUUAUUAUUUUCAUUUAUUCAGCAAACUCAUCGAUGAGUUUCCGGUAGAGAAAGUGCGAUUUCUUGUAAGUUAUUUUCGUUCCUUGUCGAAAAAAAUAUUGAUUCUACUGAUCGAAACUAGAAUAUCGCGCAACAAAAAAGCAAUAUAUUUUUAGCUUAUUUUUUUCCGAUUCGUAUAUUGCUAUACGAUCUUCGCGAAAUCAAUGUAAGUACAAACAAACGUAUCGCCGCUUCUACUGCAUAGUUAUUGGAAAGCAUGAAAUUCUACGUUUGUAUCGAACAUCGCUAAAAAAAAAAAA